AUGAGUCCAAUGAAUCACGGGAACACAACAGAAGUUUCUGAGUUCCUCCUCCAAGGUUUUUCAUUGCAACCAGAGCUCGAAAGACUCUUCUUCCUUCUCUUCCUUUCCAUCUAUCUGCUCAUCCUCCUGGGAAAUGUCACAAUCAUCUUGUUGAUCCGCUCUGACACGCAGCUCCUCCAGACUCCCAUGUACUUCCUGCUCAGCAACCUUGCCCUAGCUGACCUUGGUUUCACCUCCACCACCAUCCCCAAGGCAUUAGAUAACCUGAUGUCUCAGAAGAAGACUAUCUCCUACAGCGGUUGUCUGGCUCAGAUGUUUUUCUAUAUAUUUUUUGGUGACUCAGGCAGCUUCCUGCUGGCUUCCAUGGCCUACGACCGCUAUGUGGCUAUCUGUUGCCCACUGCACUAUUCCACCAUGAUGAGCCACAAGCGUUGUCUUCAGCUGGCUGCAGUGCCCUGGGUUAUCGCCAUAAUCAACUCAUUGCUUUAUACGCUUUUGAUAGCCCGUGUUGAGUUCUGUGACCCUGAAGAGAUCCCUAAUUUCUUCUGUGACAUUUACCCUGUUCUGGAUGUCUCUUGCUCUGAUACGAGCCUCUUAGAGACACUUCUGAUGACAGCGGUGGUUGUGGUGAUCCUGGGGCCAUUUGUGCUCAUUAUCAUUUCAUAUGCACUAAUCUUUUAUACCAUCAUGAAAAUUCCAUCUGCCGUUGGGAAACGCAAGGCUUUCUCCACAUGCGGGUCCCACAUCUGCGUGGUGGUCUUGUUCUACGGCACUGUAAGCUGGAUAUAUUUCAAGCCAAAUUCAAAGAAUUUAAACCGUGAGGACACGGUGGCAGCUGUGAUAUAUACCAUGGUGACCCCCAUGUUGAAUCCCUUCAUCUACAGCCUCAGGAACAGUGAGAUGAAGGUGGCUAUGAAGAGGGUCAUUAAGCGACAUCUUUGA